AUGAGCACCAUGCGCCUGCUGACACUCGCCCUGCUUUUCUCCUGCUCCUUCGCCCGUGCCGCCUGCGACCCCAAGAUCGUCAACAUCGGCGCGGUACUGAGCACGCGGAAGCACGAGCAGAUGUUCCGCGAGGCUGUGAACCAGGCCAACAAGCGGCACGGCUCCUGGAAGAUCCAGCUCAACGCCACCUCCGUCACCCACAAGCCCAACGCCAUCCAGAUGGCCUUGUCGGUGUGCGAAGACCUCAUCUCCAGCCAGGUCUACGCCAUCCUAGUUAGCCACCCACCUACCCCCAACGACCACUUCACUCCCACCCCCGUCUCCUACACAGCCGGCUUCUACCGCAUCCCCGUCCUGGGGCUGACCACCCGCAUGUCCAUCUACUCAGACAAGAGCAUCCACCUUAGCUUCCUGCGCACCGUGCCGCCCUACUCCCACCAGUCGAGCGUCUGGUUCGAGAUGAUGCGCGUCUACAGCUGGAACCACAUCAUCCUCCUGGUCAGCGACGACCACGAGGGCCGGGCGGCGCAGAAGCGCCUGGAGACCCUGCUGGAGGAGCGCGAGUCCAAGAGUAAAAAAAGGAACUAUGAAAACCUCGACCAACUGUCCUAUGACAACAAGCGCGGACCCAAGGCUGAGAAGGUGCUGCAGUUCGACCCGGGGACCAAGAACGUGACGGCCCUGCUGAUGGAGGCGCGGGAGCUGGAGGCUCGGGUCAUCGUCCUCUCCGCCAGCGAGGACGACGCUGCCACCGUGUACCGCGCAGCCGCGAUGCUGAACAUGACCGGCUCGGGGUACGUGUGGCUGGUGGGGGAGCGCGAGAUCUCGGGGAACGCCCUGCGCUACGCCCCGGACGGCAUCAUCGGGCUGCAGCUCAUCAACGGCAAGAACGAGUCGGCCCACAUCAGCGAUGCCGUGGGGGUGGUGGCCCAGGCCGUGCACGAGCUUCUCGAGAAGGAGAACAUCACCGAUCCGCCGCGGGGCUGCGUGGGCAACACCAACAUCUGGAAGACCGGGCCGCUCUUCAAGAGAGUGCUCAUGUCUUCCAAGUACGCAGACGGCGUGACCGGCCGCGUGGAAUUCAACGAGGAUGGGGACCGGAAGUUUGCCAACUACAGCAUCAUGAACCUGCAGAACCGCAAGCUGGUACAAGUGGGCAUCUACAACGGCACCCAUGUUAUUCCCAACGACAGGAAAAUCAUCUGGCCAGGCGGAGAGACAGAGAAGCCCCGAGGUUACCAGAUGUCCACCAGGCUGAAGAUCGUGACGAUCCACCAGGAGCCCUUCGUGUAUGUCAAGCCCACGCUGAGCGACGGCACGUGCAAGGAGGAGUUCACCGUGAACGGGGAUCCGGUGAAGAAGGUGAUCUGCACCGGGCCCAACGACACGUCGCCGGGCAGCCCACGCCACACCGUGCCUCAGUGCUGCUACGGCUUCUGCAUCGACCUACUCAUCAAACUGGCGCGGACCAUGAACUUCACUUAUGAGGUGCACCUAGUGGCGGACGGCAAGUUCGGCACGCAGGAGCGGGUGAACAACAGCAAUAAGAAGGAGUGGAACGGGAUGAUGGGCGAGUUGCUCAGCGGGCAGGCAGACAUGAUCGUGGCGCCGCUGACCAUCAACAACGAGCGCGCACAGUACAUCGAGUUCUCCAAGCCCUUCAAGUACCAGGGCCUGACCAUUCUGGUCAAGAAGGAGAUCCCCCGGAGCACGCUGGACUCGUUCAUGCAGCCCUUCCAGAGUACGCUCUGGCUGCUGGUGGGGCUGUCAGUGCAUGUGGUGGCCGUGAUGCUGUACCUGCUGGACCGCUUCAGCCCCUUUGGCCGGUUCAAAGUGAACAGCGAGGAGGAGGAGGAGGAUGCGCUGACCCUGUCCUCGGCCAUGUGGUUCUCCUGGGGCGUCCUGCUCAACUCGGGCAUCGGGGAAGGCGCCCCCAGAAGCUUCUCGGCGCGCAUCCUGGGCAUGGUGUGGGCCGGCUUCGCCAUGAUCAUCGUGGCCUCCUACACUGCCAACCUGGCGGCCUUCCUGGUGCUGGACCGGCCCGAGGAGCGCAUCACCGGCAUCAACGAUCCCCGGCUGAGGAAUCCUUCGGACAAGUUCAUCUACGCGACGGUGAAGCAGAGCUCCGUGGACAUCUACUUCCGGCGGCAGGUGGAGCUGAGCACCAUGUACCGGCACAUGGAGAAGCACAACUACGAGAGCGCGGCCGAGGCCAUCCAGGCCGUGCGGGACAACAAGCUGCAUGCCUUCAUCUGGGACUCGGCGGUGCUGGAGUUCGAGGCCUCGCAGAAGUGCGACCUGGUGACCACCGGCGAGCUGUUCUUCCGCUCAGGCUUUGGCAUCGGCAUGCGCAAAGACAGUCCUUGGAAGCAGAACGUCUCCCUGUCCAUCCUCAAGUCCCACGAGAACGGCUUCAUGGAAGACCUGGACAAGACGUGGGUGCGGUACCAGGAGUGUGAUUCGCGUAGCAACGCCCCUGCUACCCUCACGUUCGAGAACAUGGCAGGGGUCUUCAUGCUGGUGGCCGGGGGCAUCGUGGCCGGGAUCUUCCUGAUCUUCAUCGAGAUCGCCUACAAGCGGCACAAGGAUGCUCGCCGGAAGCAGAUGCAGCUGGCCUUUGCAGCAGUGAACGUGUGGAGAAAGAACCUGCAGGAUAGAAAGAGUGGUAGAGCAGAGCCUGACCCUAAAAAGAAAGCCACAUUUAGGGCUAUCACCUCCACCCUGGCUUCCAGCUUCAAGAGACGUAGGUCCUCCAAAGACACGCAGUACCAUCCCACUGAUAUCACGGGCCCGCUCAACCUCUCAGAUCCCUCGGUCAGCACCGUGGUGUGA